CGGGGGCGCCGCCGCCGCCAUGGUGCCGGCGGGGCCGCCGGGCGGGUCGGGCCGCCGGGCGCUGGCGCUCGCCGCCGAGGCGGAGCGGCCCCACGGGUGCGAGCAGUGCGGGAAGGCCUUUGCUCAGGCCGGCGCCCUGGCCAAGCACCGCCGGGUCCACACCGGGGAGAAGCCCUACCGCUGCCCUGUCUGCGCCAAGGCCUUCGCCCUCUCCUCGGGGCUCGUCCUCCACAAGCGCACCCACACCGGGGAGCGGCCCCACGCCUGCCCGCUCUGCGGCAAGGCCUUCAUCUCCUCCUCGCACCUCGCCCUCCACCUCCGCUCCCACACAGGCGAGCGCAAGUACCAGUGCCCCGUCUGUGGGAAGCUCUUCCUCCAGUCCUCCCACCUGGUGCGCCACAAGGCCAUCCACACCGGUGAGAGGCCCUUCAAGUGUGACGACUGCGGCAAGCUCUUCGGGCGCGCCUCGCACCUCGCGACCCACCGCCGCGUGCACACAGGCGAGAGGCCUUUCAAGUGCCUGCAGUGCGAGAAGGCGUUCACGCAGAAGGCCGGGCUGGUCCUCCACGUCCGCCUGCACACCGGGGAGCGGCCCUACACAUGCAACAAGUGCGGGAAGAACUUCCGCUCCUCCGCCCACCUGGUGUCGCACCAGCUUCUCGAGUCGGGUGAGAGGAACUUCAAGUGCUCCACCUGCGGGAAGGCCUUCAAGCAGGCAUCGUCCCUCAAGCAGCACCUGAAGACCCACGAGGCGCGCGAACCUCACCGCUGCUCGGUUUGCAGCCGAGCCUUUUCCAGGUCCUCUUACCUCCAGCUUCACAUGAGAACACAUAGUGGGGAGCGGCCGUACCACUGCUUGGUUUGCAACCGAACAUAUGCCAAAAUUUCUACCUUUGAAAAACACUGUAAAAAGCACCAGCAGGACGAAGAGGGGCCUGAUGCUAGACCCAGGCCAAUGACCACCAGGGCAAAAGCACUGGCUGAAAAGAAAAAGCGGGAGCAGAAACAGCAGCACCAAGAUGACAGCCUCGAGCAACCUCACCAGACUGACCCAAAGCAACAGCAGGCGGAAAGGCUGUAAAAGUCACUAAAACAAGAACUGUUCCCAGCCCUCCGCAACAUGGCUCACGGGAGCUUAAUGUACAGAGGGAGCAGGAAUGUGCUUCCAUGUCACUAGACUGCCAGGAUGGAGGAACACAUCUCAGUGCCGUCACAGCUUGCAGCGCAGAGUUCUGAACGCGUGGGAGACGCAGCCCAGCAGCGCAGUGCUUUGUUUACACAAUUGCUUUACUCCAUCCAACAAGGUCAGGAAUGUUCCUUCUCUGGGGUCUGUAAAAGUCCGCAUUUGAUUUGUGGGUGAUUUGUGGAAAAAGCAUAUUUUGUUUUUAAGAUAAAUUAUUUUUCUUGCUGCCAGCACAUGAACUCUGCUAUUGAAUGAUUCAGCCUGAAUUCAUAUCCCAUUGACAGUUAACAAGAUGAAGAAUAUUUUUUUAGAUGUGCUAACUGCAAUAAUCAGUACUCCCGGUAAGAUUAAAUCUUACAUGGAAGAACUUUUUGGUGGGGUAGGUGCUCUUCCAGUGCUGGUAAUUUUGUGUCUUAUCCAGAGAGAGGGUUCCCUUUCACAGAUGCGCUUCACCUGUAAUUAUCUGGGGAGAGAGUAAAAGUGCAGAUUCUAAUCUCCCAGAGCAAAAAGUAACGGUAGCAUUUUAAAUUAUGAAAAUGUAAUUCAGCAGAGCUACAAUACAGCAUGUAUGUGCUAAA